AUGAUUGUCUUUUAAAAUAAAAUCUUUGAUUUUCCUUCCAAUCUAUUGCAAAAACUGAAAGAUAAUAAGCACUAAGAAUUUGUGCCUCCAUGCUAGGACUUGGUUUAUGUCUUGCGCUAAUUCAAUUACUUUAAAGAUCAAAAUGUUUAGACAGAGAAUGAAUUAAUUGAACUUGCUGCUGCUAAGGUUUUUUUCAAGACAUAUAAGUAGGGUGAAUAUCUAACCGACUAGUCACAAGAAGAUAUCAUAUUCAUCUUGAAGGGCGAAGUCGGUCUCUUUGAGGAGAGGAAUGAUAGAGAAAUCAAGCAGGAACAUUAUUGGAGAUAACAAAUUUCAAAAAUAAAGAGAAAAAUAGAAGAAACUAAAGAUGAAAAUGAGAAAGUCAAGCUUGAAGAAGAAUAUUUAAAGGCAGAGAAAGUUUUUAAUUUCUACUACAAACACGAAUAAGUGAAACUGCUAUCUAAGGAUAUUCAGAGACAUUAAAUUAAUUUUAAUAUAGAUAACGAGUGUCUUUAUAAGUAAACCCAAAUUAUAAAGAGUGGAGUUUGUGUGGGACCGCUUACUGAUCACUUUGAGCGCAGCAAAAGCUCUUCUAAUUAUCAAAUAGUUGCUCUUAACGCAGUUUAAGCUCUUGUUUUAAAUCAGCAAGACUAACGUGAAAUAUUCAAAAAGAAUGCUUAAAUCCAGACAAAGCUAUUUUGUAUUCUCAGCAAGUAUUUUUAAAGUGUAGCUUUUGAAAGAGAUAUUCUAUAAAAGGUAAUGAGAGGUGUAAACGAGAUGUGCUUUACAAAAAAUCAAUCGAUUUAUCAUGAAAAUUUUGAUACUUCAUAGUUCCUCUAUGUGCUUGUAGAGGGAUAAGUAGAAAUAUCAGCUAAAAGACUCAAGCAAUAAAUCCUGAUAGAUACCAUAAACUCAAAUGAAAUCUUCGGUACAGAAUUUCUAGCAGCUAAUAGAUCUCUUAGAUAAUUCACAGCUAGGAGUUAAAUUAAUCCUACAAAAAUAUUUGCAAUAAGCUAUGAGACGAUGAAAUCGCUAUUCAAUGAAGAAAUUAUGAAUGAAAUAAAAAAUUAUGGGGAGAAAAUAAACAAUUAAUAUUAAGAAACACUAUCAUCUCACUUAAAACAUAUUGUUAAUAUGUGCAGAUAGAAAGGUAUGAAGAUUCCUCUAAACUACCAAAGUAAUUAAAUUACAGCUUCAACUAGCGCGAAUGACCAAACAGUUGAUAACAACACAACUACUACUUUGAUUCAUUCUAAAAGCAACAAUAAUUCAAGAUCACCAUUCAAAAGAUCAACAUUACAAAGACUGUCUAAAAAGCACUCAUCGAUAAUUGAAGAAAGUAUUUAGAACUUGAAGAGAUAGCAAACUUAAUUAUACUGUAAUAGUAUGAGCGGAAAUUAAUCAGGUUCUACUAAUACUAGCUUAUUAUAUAAUAGUGGAUUUGAAAAUAAAAUAUCAGCACUAUAUAAUCAGAUAUCAAAUAAGACAGGUUCUAAUGUUAAUAUUACUUGUCUUAAGAGCAGAUAAAAUAGUAUUGAAAUGGAUUUGAAUGAAAUAGUGCCUCCGAGAGUCCAUUUUUAACAAGCAAGUCCAUCUAUUGAUUCUAUUGAAGACAAGUAAAUUAUUGCAAACGCUUGCAGAGAAAGUUAUUAUCCUAAGGCCUAGAAUUCAUAGUAAAAUUAUUCUUCUCCUUAAAGUGGAAACUAAAAAUAAAAAGCUGCUUAAUUAAAUAGCAAGAUAACCUAAAAUUAGCUACUAAAAAGAUACCUUAGUUCUAGAUAUAGCAAAUAGUCAUAGGGAGAAAAUUACAUUUCCUAAAAUUUUGAGGAUGAAGUUAAGAGAGUAGAACCAUUAAUCAGAAUGAGUAAUACAAUUGCAAAAGAUAAAUUUAAUUCAUAAGCGAUAAAUUUACAAAAUUAAAACACAUACUAGUUAUAAGAAACACCUGGUAAGCAUGUGUUUGAAGAUAUGUCACCAAUAAAAAAGAUGCGCCAAUACUCUGUAAGAGAGCCUAAGAAGAAUUAGCAAAAUGAAAAUAAUUAAUUUUUUGAAAGCUCUGACGCAUUUACAGCUAAUAUUAUCUAGUAAAGAAGAAUUCUAAAGUAAUUUAAAGUAAAAGAAGAAGCUGAAAAGUACAUUAACUCAGAAUCUACAACUAAAUCUUGUUAAAACUCACCUGUUAAAAGAAUAAAAGAUGAAAUAAAUAUUUAUAACACUCCUAGCCAUAAAAAUAAUUAAGCAGAUAAAAGCUUAAAGAAUAUCUAUUAAUCACAUUACAGUCUAGAUAAAUAUAAAAAUAAAAAAAACUUCAAACACAGACAUAGUCAAUCAAUAGCGAGUUCUCUCUAGUACUUAAACCAAAAUUAAUAAAACUGUAAAAAGUAAGACUAAUCUCCAUUUUAAAACGAAAACAACAGAAUCAUGAAUAACAACUAUCUUUCAUACAGCAAUUUCUGUAAAUCACUUACAAACAUUUGA